AUGCGAGAUCCGAAAAAGCAAAACCUGGCGAUUGCCAGGCUCCGUGGAAAUGCAGGAAAUCGACUUGCAACGACGACAAAUCAAAAUAUGCAAAUGUCGUCGAUUAUUAUCAACAAUGCUAGUUCUGUCGAGAACAAAAUAAUGGAAGAUAUUUCUGAAUCCUACGAUAAUGAAAUCCAAAUCGACAACAUCAACAACGAAAAAUGGCUAAGAAAGCUCGAAAAUGAGCGAAAACGAAGUUCCCAAUUUCAAGUCAUCAUCGAAAACCUUCAAAAUGAAAUUGAAGAAAUCAGAAGAGAAAGGGACGAGUACGAGCAGCUUUGGAUCAAUCUCGCGGAAAAGCAGAAGAAUCUCGAAUGGAAGAUUAGAAACGAAAACAGAGUGAUCGACGAUACUCCCCCUUUGAUAAUUCAUUCCGUCGGAGUUUUGAAAGACAACGUGAAAAACUUGCGCAUCCACCUGGAAGACAAAUACCCCCUGGUCGACAUUCAGUUGAAAAAGCUUGUUUAUGGAUGCGAAGCAAAGGAAGGAGUAACGUUCAAAGCGCGCUGUAUUAACCCGCAGACGAUGGAUGGAGAUAUCACCUUUGCGAUCCAUAUUUUUGGGCCGGGAGAAAAGAUCAAGACUUUCAAGAUUGCCGAAACAAACGAAGAGCUCGGAAGCUUCCAAGAAUUCUCCUUCAACAUGAUCAAUUUCGAGACGCAAAAGGCUCUGCCCAGUGGAAAGUACCGUCUUGCUCUGAUGAACCGACAUUUGGUCAGUCUUCGAAACAAGUCGCAGCGAGAAAUUUCGAAUGUUUCUGACUUUGUUGUCCGAAGAAGAGACAUUUACUUCACCUUCGAUUGUCCGGAAGAAAUUGAGGAGCCGCCGUUCGAGUUCAAUAUGCCGGAUUUUACGCCACCGGAUCAAUAUAUUCCGAAAAAUAUCUACCAAUUCAAAGAAGGCUAUGAAGUUAUCCAUGUCAAGCGAUCUGAGGGACUCGUUCAUAUUCCAGUGAUUCGACAAGAUCCUGAUGAGCGAUUCAGCUUUGGCUGGCAAGCAAACCUCAAUAAGGACAAUGGAAAUCUUGGUGAUCACAGUGGUGGAUACGGAUAUUUUAACGAGUUAGCUACUGAUACUCGUAUUACAGUCAGAUUCGACCAGGUCUACAAGCCGAAUGAGUUCUCUGUCAUUGAUGUGAUUCUACGAGAUCAUGAAGCCCUGGGUGAGCGUAUGCACUCACAAAUUCGGGUGGAAAAUGACAUUGAAAGCUGCGAGGUUGGAUUCAUUCCUGCAAAGCCGUUUGUUGGAACGUUCAAUGGAGGGGACACAGUGGAAUUGAAGAUUGGACAGUCUGCUCUCGCGAAAGUACGAUCAACAACGGAUCAAAGAAUCGACGUCAAAUGGUGCUCUCUCUUGAAAACCCAAGUCCUUGCCGCUCUUCGUCAACAAAACGCUUGUUUGGACACUGCAGCAGUUUCAAUUAGCGUCCGGGAGGACAGACUGUUUUGGAAUAGACAAGAAGGCAGAGUCAGAUUCGAGAUUGGACAGGAGACGGCUAUUAUCAGAUUAAAGAUUCCUAUUGCCGCGGAGCUGUGCAUGGAAGAAAUGCAUGUCGAAAUCCACCUCGAAAAAUACCGCGGUUCUUCGAAUGAGGGAAUCAUUAUCGACCAAGACAACGACGUUCGUUCGUUCAAAAUCAUGUACGACGAGUGCAAAACUCCUGACGAUGAUAGUAGUGACUCUUCCUCCAACUCCGAUUAG